AGGCCGACGCGGCGAAUGACGCCAUCGGAUAACGCCGCGAGAAGGUCACACGGGAUCUUCCAGCAUGGCGGCGGCGGCGGCGCUGCGGCGAGGCUGGUGCCGCUGCCCGCGGAGAUGCCUUGGAGGUAGAGUCCAUUUUCUCUCCGGCCACAACCUAGUGCCACUACCCCAUGGUACCUUUCAGAUGCCCCGGCCGAGUGGAGAGCUGACCCUGUCCAAAUCCUAUUCUUCUGGAAACAGGAAAGGCUUUCUCUCCGGCUUGCUAGAUAAUGUCAAACAAGAGUUAGCCAAAAACAAAGAAAUGAAAGAAAGUAUAAAAAAGUUCCGAGACGAGGCCAGGAAGCUGGAAGAGUCAGAUGCGCUCCAGGAAGCCAGAAGGAAAUACAGAACCAUCGAAUCAGAAACCAUGCGGACGGGCGAGGUGAUCAGGAAGAAGCUGGGGGAGAUCACCGGCACCGUGAAGGAGAGUCUUGACGAAGUCAGUAAAAGUGACCUUGGCCGGAAAAUCAAGGAGGGUGUGGAAGAAGCAGCCAAGACCGCCAAGCAGUCGGCUGAGUCUGUGUCCAAAGGUGGGGAGAAGCUUGGCAGGACCGCUGCCUUCAAAGCCCUCUCCCAGGGCGUGGAGUCCGUCAAGAAGGAGAUCGAUGAGAGCGUCCUGGGGCAGACUGGGCCCUACCGGCGGCCCGAGCGGCUCAGGAAAAGGAAAGAGUUCUCGGGAGAGAAAUUCAAGGAAGAGAAAGUGUUUGAGGCCAAUGAGGAGGCCCUGGGGGUCGUGCUGCACAAGGACUCCAAGUGGUAUCAGCAGUGGAAGGACUUCAGGGACAACAACGUGGUGUUUAAUCGGUUCUUCGAGAUGAAGAUGAAGUAUGACGAAAGCGACAACGCUUUCAUCCGGGCGUCCCGCGUGCUGACAGACAAGGUCACAGACUUGCUGGGGGGCCUGUUCUCGAAGACGGAGAUGUCGGAGGUGCUCACGGAGAUCCUGCGGGUGGACCCCGCCUUCGACAAGGACCGCUUCCUGCAGCAGUGUGAGAACGACAUCAUCCCCAAUGUCCUGGAGGCCAUGAUUUCUGGAGAGCUCGACAUUCUCAAAGAUUGGUGCUAUGAAGCUACCUACAGCCAGUUGGCCCACCCGAUCCAGCAGGCCAAGGCGCUGGGCCUCCAGUUCCACUCCCGCAUCCUGGACAUCGACAACAUCGACUUGGCCAUGGGCAAGAUGAUGGAGCAGGGCCCUGUGCUGAUCAUCACCUUCCAGGCCCAGCUGGUGAUGGUGAUCAAGAAUCCCAAAGGCGAGGUGGUCGAGGGUGACCCGGACAAGGUACUGCGAAUGCUGUGCGUGUGGGCUCUCUGCCGAGACCAGGGCGAGCUCAACCCCUAUGCAGCCUGGCGGCUCUUGGACAUCUCCGCCUCCAGCACAGAGCAGGUCCUCUGAGCGCAGCAGCCACGACUGGGGCCUCGGGGCUGGAUCACAUCACUGCAGACACAGGGGAGACUGUUGUCCACUUGCAGCAACUAGACCUCUGGGGACAAGACUGUCAGCUGUGCCCCUGCCGUGCCAGGACUGCUGCAGAGCUAGCGGGAUGGGGCGGGGCAGGGAGGGGCUGCUGUGCACAACGCCAGCGCCCGCACCGCCCCUCUGCCCCAUGGGGGCUGCUCGGGCCACGGGCAUCCAGGCCACGCAGUGCCCAGAGGCCCCCAGCCCAGGGGUACCCUCCCAGGACCCAGUGGUGCAGCCUGGGCCCACUGGCCACGUCAGCCAGGCUGUUUCAGCCUUUUUUUUUUUUUUUUUUUUUUUUUUAACAGUGCCCUUAUUAUUAUCCUGUACAUAUGCAGAGAUUUGGAAAUAAUAAAACACCAAAGUG